CCACUCAGAACAGCUGUUAGUUGUCAGAUGUUUUCUCUGUGAUUCAUCUUCCCUCAAUCAAUAGUUUGUACUCUUCAUUGAGAUUCAUCCAUUAUAUUUACUGUUUAAUAGUCGGUGGUCUAAUUGAGCAGUGAAAAAAAUGACGAAAAUUACAGAGAUAUCGUUUAAUAACACGGAUACAGAUUCCAAAAUAGAAUACCUAAAGACGUUUUCAAAACGGAUGUUAAAGACACAAUUGUUUAUAGGAUCUUAUGAGGAAAAACGUUAUGUGGAAGCCGUGGAUUCAUACCGAGACGUCGUCAGAAUCGACUCGGAUGAAACGCAGUUUAUCGGAAACCUCGAAGUUGUCACCAGAAAGUUAAAACAAGAGUUCUACAAUGAGACUGCUUGGAUCGGAAUCACUGAUCCGAAUACAAUUGGAGCCCCUGCAGGAUACAGUUUGUGGACGGUCUUGCCAAUUGGAGUCUUCGGCAAGUAUUGGUUCAAAGUGAAAUCGGUUGCAUUUACCGAACAAGAGGUGAGAUUAAAACUGGACGUUGUACGACCACUGCGGAGUGAACAAUCGACUGCAGACUCGUCUGGUAUCAGUGCGUCCCAAGACUUUGAUCUCAAGACCUCCCUGCUUGAUGCUUCAAGUAGUGUUCACUCAAGUUUUACUAGUUGGAUUAAAACCAAUUUAACAUUGACGAAUAUAAGAAGCACCGUAAUCUUCUUGUCUUUGUUAUUGACUACAAUAAUAGCAGGGGCAAUAAACCUUGUGAAAUACUUGAUGGAAUAUUCCUUGAAAGUAAUGAAUCAAACUUCCAAAAUUAUUGAAGUGUGCACGCCCAUUUUGAUUACAUGCAUUGAAUUGGUUCGAUCAAUACUAUUUGGCAUUUUGUCCAUGAUAGUGACUUUGCUGCGAGGCAAGCAGUUAUCCCAGCAAGUUAUUUAUGUACCCAGCCCUAAUCCGCCUCGUCAAUACAUGCUGCAAUAUCCCACUAAGAGAUCAGCUCGCCAAAGAGGUUCAUCAGUUACCAUCCAACCCAUUGAUGAUUGACCUAUCUUUUACUUAGAUGUAGGUUGAUUUGUUUGUGUGAUCGGUUUAUAUACCUAUUUGAAUUUGGAAAGCAAUUUCCAAUGGUAUGGGAACACCAAAGACAAAUUAUGUUGAUAGGAAAGUACUUCCAAUGUCUCAAACAAAACCUCUCAGGAUUAUAAUGAACCAUGUCCUGAAUACUGUGUAUUUUAAAAAUAUUUUAAAACGAAACUAGUUUUAUAGUAGUUUGUAAGUACUGCCUGUAUGUAUAUAGGCAUUUUCGUGUGAUAUUCUUGCAAUAUAGAAGGGCUAAAGAGAUAUUUUUAUGAUAAAAUGGUUAGAGAAACAGAACUGAACGUGAAAAAUAAUAACAGAAGUAAAUAUUGUUUAACUGAUAAUAAUACUGUACCUCAAGCUUGCAAAUCUUUAUGUGUAGAACUCUAAAAUAAAGGUUUUUUAGUACCUAAUGAUAUUGUCGAUUUUUUUAAAAAUUUGGUGAUUAGGUAUUUUCUUGUAACAUUACCACUGUAAACUAACACAAAGACCGAAGCGCCUAAUUAAUUCUUUUUUGGGUCAAAAAACAGUUCCGCUAAAGUGCAAUUCGCACUUCAGCUAGUCAUUACUAAGAAGCAUGUAUUUUUUGUAUUCUCUGUUGUUUUGAUAUGUAGAUAUACUGAUAUCUAAACUGCUGGCAUCUAGAUUAAUAAAGUACAAAUAUUUCCAUAAAACAGAGGGAAUAAUGAUUUACAAUGAAA